UUUAAACGGAUACUUUAGUAAAUUUUGAACUUAUAAUAAGUAUUUUCCGAAUACAAAAAUCUCGUGUCAGACAAGUUGUGGAAAAAACUCCCAGCCUUAAAACAUUAGCCAACGGGGCACGUGUUUUCGGUCUAUGCUUUUUAGAAAAGGUCGAUAGUGUGCAGUAUCAGUAGUUAAAAAAAUGACUGACAACAAAAUUCCUAUAAAGAUAGCUAUUAUUGGAGGAUCAGGUUUGGAUGAUCCGGAUAUACUUAAGAAUCGUAAAGAAAAAUUUGUCCAAACGCCAUUUGGGUGUCCUUCGGACGCUCUAAUUUACGGUACCAUCUCGGAUAUACCUGUAAUCCUAUUAGCCAGACAUGACCGCAGACAUACCACGAUGCCUUCUAACGUCAAUUACAGGGCGAACAUUUGGGCUUUGAAGCAGGAAGGUGUAACCCACAUAAUUGCUUCGACUGCUACGGGUUCGCUGCAAGAACAUAUCAAACCAGGAGAUGUUGUUAUACUCAACAGUUUCAUAGACAGGACGACCAAACGCGAAGUAACUUUUUAUGAUGGCAAACCCGAUCAUCCGAUUGGCGUGAUCCAUUUGCCCAUGGAACCUGCAUUUUCCGAACCUCUUAGAGAAACUGUUAUUAAGGUGGCCCGUGAUUUGAAAAUAGACGUGCACGAAACUGGUACGGUUGUGGCAAUAGAGGGUCCACGAUUUUCCAGCAAAGCGGAAAGUUUUAUGCACAGGCAAUGGGGCGCUGACGUUAUUAACAUGACCUCUGUACCAGAGGUGGUUUUAGCGAAAGAAGCUGGUAUUUUGUAUGUAUCGAUUGCCCUAGCUACUGACUAUGAUUGUUGGAGAGAAACUGGAGAAAAAGUUACAGCCCUUGAUGUAUUGAAAACGUUUAAACAAAACGUGGUGAAAGUUAUUGAUCUUAUAUGUGGUGUUGUCCCUGAAAUAUAUAAACAGAACUGGGAUAAUCAUAUCACUGAACUCAGGGAAACUGUUGAGCAAAGUGUGUUGUUGCCAAAGGAUUGAGAAUAAAUUUGAAUUUUAAUAUGUUUUUAUAUAAAUGCACACAUUUUAUCAAUAAAUAUUUUACAAUUUUA